ACGGCUUGCCUGGCCAGAGCCCUGGUACCACUGGUGCAGUAGGGAGCCAGGCCCACCCCAUGCUCUGGGGUUGGGACUGGUCCCAGGAGUGCCACCCAGUCCCACCAGUGUCUCCUCCACCCAGGGGACUCGCUGUGGGGCAGCUGGGACUGAUGGUGCACUGUGGCUGCCACUCUCCCUGCUUAGCAGCCUGAGGAAACUGAAGUACAUGAUAGCUGGAGAGACGCCAGGGGGAAUAGGGCAGGGCAGCACAGGCUGCAGGGUCCCCUGCCUUGCACCACAAGGAGGGCAGGCAGCCAGGCCCGCCCCGAGGCAGACAGUGGUGGUAAGGGCUGGAGGCACCAUAGCAGGAGCAGGAAGGUCAGGGAGAGCAGCUGGGCUCUGCGCCAGGGGAUUAGCACUGUCCUUGCUGUGUCAUGCAGCCCCCAAGCUCACCCCCUGCCUAAUCCCCUCACCCCCAGCAGCUGGCCAGCACUGGGCGGGGGCACCUGGCACUCUCUGGCCCCUGCCCAGGCUAAGGGGGGACAGAGAUGACCCUCUGGCUCCACCACACCUCUUGGUGGGGCUCAGCCCCUGAGCAUGGUACCUGGCCUGGCUUGGCGCUGUGUUGAAAUGGGGAAGAGGGGGUUGCAGUACCCCUGCUAUGGGCAGCACUAGGAGCUGGCAGGGAAACUGAGUCACUGGGGUUGGCGGCUUGCAGUGCCACUCCAGAGCUGUGCCACGGCUGCAGUACUAAAGGCACUCUGGGCACCAGGCUGCAGCAGGCAGAGGUGCCUGCUGGCAGUAGUAAGGCAGGAGGUGUCUGAAAGCCCGAAGUUUCUUCAGUCCCAUGGGACUUUGGGGCAGGCAGCUUGUGCCUGUGGGGCAGCCUAGUCCCUGUGGCUGAUCCCAGCCCACCACAUGCCAGGGCAACAGUAGCACUGGCAAGGCUGGGGUGCCCGCUGUGCCCCGCUGCCUCACCCCUGCUACUCUCCUUUCCCUGCAGGGUGCUGGCCCUGCGGGCAGCUGGUGACACAGGAUGGUGCUGGCACUGGUGCUGUGGGCCUGCCUGGUGCUGGGUGCAGCUGGCAGGGAGCACCUGGCACCAGACCCCCUGGUGGAUGACCAGCCCUUCGCUGUGGUGUGGAACGUCCCUGCUGGCCACUGCCAGCGCCACUUCGGUGUGGGGCUGCCCCUCAGUGACUACGGCAUCGUGGAGAACCAGGAUGGCCACUUUGCUGGUCAGAACAUCACCAUCUUCUAUAAGAACAAGUUUGGACUGUACCCCUACAUAUCACGGCAGGGCAUCCCCCGCAAUGGGGGCAUUCCCCAGCGGGUCCCACUUGAUGCCCACCUUGCCAGGACAGCCAGGGACAUCCGCUUCCUCCUGCGACCUGCUUUCCGUGGCCUGGCUGUGGUGGACUGGGAGGAGUGGAGGCCCCUCUGGGCGCAAAACUGGGGGGCCAAGCGGAUAUACCAGGCAGCCUCAGAGCAUUGGGUGCAGGUCCAGCAUGGCCUUCUGCCAGCACGGCGGCGUCGCCAGCUGGCCCGCCAGGAGUUUGAGCAGGCAGCGCAGGCUCUAAUGGAGGAGACGCUUCUGCUGGGCCAGACCCUGCGCCCAGGGGGGCUCUGGGGUUUCUACCGCUUUCCUGACUGCCUUAAUGGCAACUGGGCCAAGGAGGCCAACUACACUGGGCAGUGUCGGCUGGCAGAGGUGCAGCGCAACAACCAGCUAGGCUGGCUCUGGGCUGCCUCGGCUGCCCUGUACCCCAGCAUCUACCUGCCACCGGCAAUACCACCUGCCCUGCGCCGCCGCUACGUGCACCACCGGCUGCGUGAGGCCUUGCGCGUGGCUGCCUUUGGGGCCAAUGGCCUCCUGCCUGUGGUUGCCUACGCCCGCCUCUCCUUCCGCCGCUCAUCCCGAUUCCUGGAGCCAGCUGACCUAGUGCACACCAUUGGGGAGAGCGCAGCACUGGGUGUAGCUGGACUUGUCCUCUGGGGAGACAUGUCAUACUCCCGCUCAGCUGAGAGCUGUGCCAGCCUGCGCCACUACCUUGUGUCCACCCUGGGUCCCUACGUGGCCAACGUGACAGCAGCAGCCCGGGAGUGUAGCUACAGGCAGUGCCAUGGGCAUGGGCGCUGUGUGCGCCAGCAGCCCCAUGACCUGGACAGCCUCCUGCACCUUGGCCCUGGUACCAGCCCGCUGGCCUCUUUCCGCUGCCACUGCUACCGCGGCUGGGCUGGCAAGAGCUGUGCCCAGCGGGUCCAGCCCAGCUCUGCUACUUUCUGCCUGGCACCCACCCACACUCACAAUGUCUACGGGCACAACGACCUCCCACCCCCUGACACCUGCCUGCCGCAGGGCACGUGGGGCUAGUGACCAGGGCUGGGGACCGUUGCAGUCUCCUACCCCAGCAGCACUGCUGCCUGGCACUUCCUAUGGUCUUGCUAACUUAAAUAAAUGCUCCUGGCACA